UGGUGGCUUUAUGUAGCGCAGAGGGGAAGCGAGCGUCAAGGCUGUGUUUCUGAGGGAUUCAUCCGAGGCUUGCUGAGGGGGAGAGCCGUCAUGUACGCCGGACGCAAGAGGAGAAAACCGGUCCAGAGAGCGGUGAAGCAACCUCCAGCCGAGGGGGCCAAGUCCAACCCGUCCAAGCGGCACCGAGACAGGCUGAACGGAGAGCUGGAGAGGCUCGCCAGCUUGCUGCCCUUCCCCGAAGAGGUGACAUCCAGUCUGGACAAACUCUCCAUCCUCCGCCUGAGCGUCAGCUACCUACGAGCCAAGAACUUCUUCUCUGUCGCCCUGAACAGCCGACCGUGCAAUGGAGUGGCUCUCAGUAGCAGCAGUGAAAACGGCAAAGUCACAGGAGUAGCAGACACUUGGCUUCCCGAAGGCGAGCUCCUGCUGCAGGCUCUCAACGGGUUUGUCCUGGUCGUCACCGCCGACGGGACCAUCUUCUACUCCUCUCACACCAUCCAGGACUACCUGGGCUUCCACCAGACUGAUGUGAUGCACCAGAGUGUUUAUGAGCUGGUGCACACAGAGGACCAGCAGGAGCUCAGGAGAAACCUGCACUGGGCACUAAACCCUCCCCCUGCCACCAUCGCCGCCAUGACUCAGGAUUCCCCGCAAGAGAUGGAGCCUGACAGCAGCACGUCUCUAGUCACCUACAACCCGGAGCAGCUUCCCCCGGAGAACUCCUCCUUCCUGGAGAGGAGCUUCGUGUGCCGCUUUCGCUGCCUCCUGGACAACUCCUCCGGCUUCCUGGCGUUGAACCUCCAGGGCCGCCUGAAGUUUCUGCAUGGCCAGAACCAGCGGCAAGAAAACGGAGGAAAGGCGCCGUCACAGCUCGCCCUCUUCGCCAUCGCCACUCCCCUGCAGCCUCCGUCCAUCCUGGAGAUCAGGACCAAGAACAUGAUCUUCAGAACCAAACACAAGCUGGACUUCACUCCCAUGGCCUGUGACGCAAAGGGGAAGAUCGUCCUGGGGUACACAGAGGCUGAACUUCGUGUGCGAGGGUCUGGAUAUCAGUUCAUCCACGCAGCAGAUAUGUUGCACUGCGCAGAGAACCAUGUCAGAAUGAUGAAGACUGGAGAGAGCGGUCUGACUGUGUUCAGGCUGCUCACCAAGGACAAUCGCUGGAAGUGGGUCCAGGCCAACGCCCGGCUGGUCUACAAGAAUGGCAAACCGGACUACAUCAUCGCCACUCAGAGGCCUCUGGUAGAGGAAGAGGGAGGAGAACAUUUGCGUAAGCGCUCCUUGCACCUGCCUUUCACCUAUGCCACAGGUGAGGCUCUGCUCUACCACUCCAACCAUCCCAUUGCUGGCUUCAGUGACAGCGGCCAUGAGAAAAAUGGCAGCAAGUCCAAGAAGAGCCGGACUGAAAGGGUGGCCCGGGAUGGCCUGGACCCUGGCUCCCUCCUUGGGGCGCUGAUGAGUCAGGAUGAGUCAGUGUACGUCUGCCAGCCCGCCCUGGAGCCCAAACUGUCAUUCCACAGCAGUUUCUUUGGAGACCAGAUGAGCUUCUCUGAAUCAGAGUCCUCCAGCCUGCACAGGAGCUGGGAGGAGCCGAGGAAUGGUGUGGUGCGUCCAGGCCUCCCUGAGCCAUCCACCACUUUUGACCCCCUGCUGGCCACAUUGGACUCACUCUCCCUAGGAGGUCAAAGCGUGGCAGAUGUAGACGAGGAGAAUUGUUCAAAUGGGGAGUUGUUUGGAGCUCUGGAAGGAUUGGGACUGACCGCUGAGGACCUUGAGCUGCUGCUGCUGGAUGAGCGGAUGAUCAGAAUCGAGAUGGACCCUGACCGUGUGCCCACCUUGGACGACCUGCUGACCAACGACGAGAUCCUCUCCUACAUCCACGAUUCCCUUGAGUCAAAGACUGAUACCGCAGAGGACAGAGGACAGGUGCCUCCCACUGUUGCCUCUGCGACGGCCACGACGACGACAAUAUCCCUGCCUGAAAGUGAUCCAACCUCAAACACACCUUUGCAGAAUCAGUUCCCUCAGCAUAAGCCUUCCCUGGUGGGGCAGGCCCCCAUCGUCCAGCUGUCCCAGCAGAUGCAGCAGCACCUCAGCAUGCGACCAGGGAAAGUGGCUCAUGACUGGGGCCAGCCAGCUCGUUCGGUGGCUAAUCAACCCCUCCACAACAGACAGUGGACACCCCAGGACAUCCUUACCAAUGCAGGGAUACAGCUGGAUCACUGUCACACACAACAGACUCUUUUCAAUGGUAAGGCCUCCGAGCUGGAUGGGGAGCUCCAUCAGCAGCCGACGCAUGCACACUACCUCCAGCAGAGCCAGCUCCCGCAGCAGUGCCAUGCCAAACAGAAGGUGGCCAACCUCAACGGACUGUGCAGCAUCCCGAACACAGAGCAUCCAGCUGGAAAAUCCCAAUGGCAGGACUAUGGCUUCAGCGGGAGUCUGGGCAACAACGCCUGCCUCAGUAACGGCCAAGCUGCUCUUACAAACACCUCACUGGACACUUGUAUGGAUUACAACAUGCCUGACAUUGACAACGUGGACUACGCCAUCAAUGGAGGGGGUUUGUUUGGGAGGAGCGGGCAGCAGCACGGGACCGAGUCCACAGUUUCGUCUUUCCAUAGGAUGAACCACAAACUGCAGCAGGAGCAGAUCCCAGCUCCUCUGGCCCAGGUGCUCUCCAGCUUGUCCCAGUGCCCGCCGCCCAACGCCACCCUGGAGCAGAUCCUCGGAGUGGGGCAGCCCUGCCGGCAGCUGGACCCUUAUGGGAUGGUGUCCUCAGAAAUCCCUCAUGACCCCAAUCACAGUAAGAUGGAAAAUGGCUGCAUCCUGAGUGGUGCUUACCCAGGGGGCUGUGCUCUGCCCAAUGGGAAUGGAGCAGCGCCCCCUAAUGGCCAAAUGUCUGGCCCUGAGACUCUGCCCAGCCUCGCAGACCCGCCAGCCACCGGCUUCUACCUCUGACCACCUGACAGGAACAGGAGCGCCCAAUGUCUGGACCAGCCUUUUACAACUAGAUAACCUGAAAAAAUAAAAAUAAAAAUAAAGCUAAAUAAUGUAGGCCUACAUGUUCUUCUUUUUUUUUUUAUUUAGUUUUUUUUUUUUUUUUCAGGGUUGGGAUCAGGAAAUUGGGAUUGAUGUUUUGUACUGUAAGUAAUUUUAUCAUUUGUCAGUCCUUUUGUUUACAAUAAUGCAGUCAAUAAUAAGUUUAUUCCGCUUUCAGAACAUGCACAGAGGUAAAUAUGAGUUUUAAAAGACCACACACACACAUACACACAUACACACACACACACACACACACACACACACACACACACAAAUACACGCACACGCAGACACCCCCUCUCCCUUCUAUUCCCAAUGCAAGUGGUUACUGGGAAACCGUCACCGCGGUAACGGUGGUCGACACAACAUCAGUUUUAGUCAGGCAACAGGAAUGUACUCUUUCAACGUCAGCGGUUUCUUUGUUGUACAAUCGCAUUUGUCAACGAUGAGAUUAAGUCAUAUACAUUUGAAAAAAACAAAGUAUAGAGUAUUAUGGAAAUUAAAGCUAGAAAUAUCCUGCACUUUAUUUCAGGCACCCACUAAAUGCAGACUGUGUAGUCGGGGGGUCCGGGGUUAUAAAAACACACAACAGGCCCUGUCGUCUUGACUCAUCUUUGAAGCUGCUGUCACUGACGCAAGAUGGGAAUUCGGUGACAGUUUGGUGUUUUCUUCUCUUAUUUUGAGGUACAUUUCAGGUAACGGGUCGAUGUCCUCACAUGCACAUACACUUCUGUAUAACUGUUAGUAUUACUUUUUUCUCCUCCACUUGAAUUAUUAUUAUUGUUAUUAUUUUUGUUGAUAUUGUUGACCUUUUACCUCUGGGUGAAGGUUUUUUUUUCUCUCUAUUUUUUUUUUUUUUUUUUUUUUUUACCAUUGAUAAGGUUUAACUGUGACUGAUUAGCCGAAAGACACUUGAUUUUUAAUUUUCAGUAUUUAUUUGUGUUCUAGAUCAAUUAAGAUAUCCUGUAUAAUGAAUUACUGCAGUGAUUGCAUUCGCUUUCCCGUGGGAAAUGACAAAAUUACUGCAGCAGGGCGAAUCCAGUCCCAACUCUGUUUAUUUUCAAACCUUUUCAAAAGUACUGUCUGACCAUUUUUACCCAGAGUUGGAUAAACAGGGUAAUAUCAAGUCAGGAAAUGAGUCUACACACAAUCUUGCAGCAGUUGGCAAACACUGAAAACCAAAUGUGAGUUUCUUUUUUCUUCUCUUUUUCUUUCUUUUCUUUUCUUUUUUUUUUUUUUUAAGGAUCUCUUCUGGAAGGAUACAGUUUUGAAUGUUUCAUGUACAUAGUAAAUGAUCGGGAAAUGAUACAGAGUAGAAUUAUUUCAUCACGAAAGAUGCUGAAAAGAGAUUUCCAUGUAGUUGUUUUAAAAAAAAAAAAAAAGGCAUUACUAUUAGUAUUAAUGUUAUUGUUAUCAUAUGUUUUACGUUGAAAAUGUGAUACACGAGUGGUUACAUGUCGUCGGAAUCGACUUCUUUUCCCUUUCUUUUUUUUUUCUUCAGCAGAAAUGUUUGAUAUAUUUAAUAUGAUUGAUGUGACCUAUUAACAAUGUGAUAAAAGAUGUGUAUAUAAAGGCAAACAAGCUUUGUUUUGACAAAUACAGGUAUGUACAUAGUUUUACGUCAAUUCACUUGUUUCAAGCACUAUUUUUAAAACACACUGCUGCUUAUCAAACUCCUGUGUUGACUCAGUUUUUAUUGUACAUUGUAAAUAAUACUCUCUUGUCACAAAACGGUUGGACUCUUACGACAGUCUGCAAAUGGUGCCAUACUACUAAGACUUGUUUAAUAGGCUAUAACGUUGGAGAGUUUAAUGAUGUCUUUUGCUUAGCCACAGUUAAUUUUAACAUGCUAACGGGACAAAAUGUAGAUGUUGCAAUGGCAUUUUGACCCAUGUCCUUUGACUGCUUGUUUGAAAUGUAUUAUUUUCAUCCUUUGAAAUAAAGGAUUUCUGCAAUCACAUUGAAAAACAGAAACGUC